AUGACUGUCCACAACCUGUACCUGUUUGACCGGAAUGGAGUGUGUCUGCACUACAGCGAGUGGCACCGCAAGAAGCAAGCGGGGAUCCCCAAGGAGGAGGAGUUCAAGCUGAUGUACGGGAUGCUUUUCUCUAUCCGUUCGUUUGUCAGCAAGAUGUCCCCGCUAGACAUGAAGGAUGGUUUUCUGGCCUUCCAAACUAGUCGUUACAAACUCCAUUACUAUGAGACGCCCACUGGGAUCAAGGUUGUCAUGAAUACUGACCUGGGCGUCGGACCCAUCCGAGACGUACUGCAUCACAUUUAUAGUGCGCUGUACGUGGAGCUGGUGGUGAAGAACCCCCUGUGCCCGCUGGGACAGGCUGUACAAAGUGAGCUCUUCCGCUCCCGACUGGAUUCCUACAUCCGCUCUCUGCCCUUUUUCUCUGCCAGGGCUGGCUGA